CCAAGUAUGAAGUGACACUGCAGAAGCAAACCUCCCCUAAUCCGAGAUACACUUUUGCGCUAAACCACCUUCGCUUCUAUCUGCCACAUGUUGUUCCCCUACUUAAUAAAAUUGUGCUCCUUGGCCAUGAUUUAAUUGGCCAAAGGGAUCUAGCAGGACUUUGGAGUGUGGACGUGAAGAGUAAAGUAAAUGCAGUAGUGGAGACCUGUCAGGAAGGUGAGCCUUCAUUUCGUUGGAUGGAUUUGUUUAUCAACUUGUCAGACCCAAUGGUGGCAAAGAGAUUUGAUGCCAAGGCAUGUACAUCGGCAUUCAGGAUGAUGAUCUGCAAGAAUGGAGGAGACAAAAUUUAA